AUGGCUACAUCAACAUCAUCCACCAAUGCUGAUCAACAUCCUCUUAUUUCUGUUAACGACGAUCUUUUAUUCGAUUAUCUUAACAAAUGGAUUACAAUCCAUUUAGAUGAUGAAGAAACUUUAAAUGAACUUUCUUCGUCUGAUUGUCAUCGUGAAACUUAUCCUAUUGAAAAAUAUCCUUGUCAGAUGUUCUUAGUGGACUUGGAACCGUGUAAACGUGUUCGUGUUUGGUUAAAUGAACGAGAAGUUGAAGUAGAUAAGUGUUCUGAUUAUAUGUAUGAGAAGUAUACAGAAAAACGAAUGAAAUCAUGUUGGGUUUUAUGGAUUCAUGAAAAUUUACCAGUUAAACAGUCAUGUCGAGAAAGACUUUUAAAUGUAUUAUAUAAACUCAAUGAAGAACGUCAAGAUUUUCAUCCAAAUCCAUCACCGGUUGAGGAUAUAAUUGAUCCAGAUUUACUUCCAUACCGACCACCAUCAACAUUUGAUAGAAAUAAAUGGAUUGAACGACAACAAAGACGACGAAGACAUUCUCCGCGUAGAGAAGAUCGUUUUAAGAGAGAUUUAGCUCGUGGUGGAUAUGAUGAUUUAUCUGAACAUGAGAAAUUACGUGAUACAUAUCAAUGGUUACCAUCAGAAUUUGUUAUUGAUAAAAACGGGAAAGUCGACAUUCGAACACCGAUUAUUCAUCUACCUGAAUUACCUGAAUAUCGACAAAGUUACGAUGAUAUUGCAAAAAUCUUUCAAGCUAUGUUACCAAUGUUUGAACAAAUGAAAUUAAUUAAACUUAGUUCAAAUGAAGAACAAAAAUUACAAGUUAUUGUUAAAGCUCAAAGUUAUAAUUUAAAAUCAGGUAUGAAAUAUUCUGGUCGAUGGCAUACUGAAGGUCAAACAGAAAAUAUUGUUGCUGUUGGAGUUUAUUAUUUAGAUAUUGAUGAUCAACUUGAAGGUGGUUCUUUAAAAUUUCGUCCAAAAGUUGGACCAAAUAAAUCGUAUGCCGAUGGCAUUGAAAUGAACCAUUAUGUAUCAUCAAUAAAAACAGAUGGACGUCGUCGCACAUUUCUAAACUUUUUUAUUGUUGAUCCUGAACAACCAAUUGAAAUUUCACCAAAUGAAAUUGUUUAUGCUCCGAAAGAUUUUCUUAUUCAAAUAUUUAAACAAUGGAAUGAUCAAGGAUUACCUGACAUUAUAAUAGAUAAAAUUUUUAAAAUGUUAAAUUUAUCAGCAAUAUGGGAAACAAAAGAUUUUGCAAAAGAAUUUCGAGCUCGUGUUCGACGUGCUAUGUUAGACGAAAAAACUGGGUGGGGUUGGAUUCAGUGGGGAAAUACUGGAACAACAGACUUUGUCCGAUCUUUAUCUGCUUGGCGUCCAAACAAAAGAGAUGAAGCAGGUGGCAUAUUACACCAUACAGAAUCUGAUUAA